AUGUCGGAACCGAGCGCGGAACUCGAGCUGGGGAUGGAGAUCGAACCCGUGAUCGAGGAAUCGAAGGAUCUUCCGAAUCAGGGAAAGAGCUGCGGGAGCAUAGAAGAGGAGGAGAGCACGACCCAGCCAGCGCCAACCAUAAGCAUCGAAGCGGAGAACUGCAGCGGCGAUACGGAAGAAGCGAUUCGUACGGAGGCCGAUUACGUAACCGUCGAGCAGCCGAUCGCAUUCGAUGGUGAGCUCGAGGACCACGUCGAACUCCGAGCCGGGUCUGUGCGAGAAGCGGACAAGGUCCAAGAGGAGAUCGCGGCGGCAUUCGGUGAGAUCACGGUAGAGACGCCCAACACGACGAUCAACAACGACAAGGAAAAGAAGACAGACGAAGAGAAACUAGAAGAGGAACACGAGAAGCAAGAAAGCUCGGGCGAAGGAAUGCAGAACGAGCACACGAUCGAAGAGAAGACCACCGAGGAGAACGAAGAGCGAAAAGAGGAAAGCGAUAAAGAUCGAAUGGACAUUGAGGUGGCACCACAAGGAGAGGAGGAGGCGAACGAAUCGAUCUCGUCGUUGAUAGAGGAAAGCGAGAAGGAAGAACGCGAAGCCGAAGAAAACGACCAACGCGAGGAUACAACAGAUCAACGGGUUCAAGAAGACCAAACGGAACGAGAGAUGAAGGUCGAGAAGGAGGAGGUACCGUGCGCGAGCGUCGACGCGUCCAGCUCGUUCGACGUCUGGCUUCGGACCGAGGUCUUGCCGCUCGACGAUACGCGCCCAAGCCCGACCACCAGGCCGAACGAUCCCCUGGCCAGCGUCACCAUCGAUCGACCGGCGAGCCCGGGAGGAGCGGAGGAGCACGAUGCGUGGCAGCGUCUGCUCCGGCAGCUCAGGCAGAGGGCUAGCGAGGGCAGGGGCACCACGGCGGAGGUGGAGGCGGAGCGAGCCCCGGCCUUCGACGGCUGCACCCUUCCCGCGGCCGAGGGAAGCGAGCCGCAGUUCGCGUGCGGGGGCCGCAAGCGAGGCUUGGCCGAGCUCGCGGUCACGGGCGAGGGCAGGGAGACGAGGCCUGGUACCCCGCCCGGGAGCCCGCCGCGGAAGAAGGCGUUCGAGGUGUUCAAGGAACCGGCCGACGUCGACGCGGUUGUUGCCACUGGCAUACCCAUGAAGUUGUUCGACAAGCCUCGACCGCCUCUUCCCUACGCGAGCAAGUCUUUCUGCAGCGCCGUGGGGAGGAAACGAAAGCGAGUGCAGAUCCUCCACCCCAACGCACAGCAGCCCAAGGCGAAGCCAUUGGCAAUGCUGGACCCAUUCGCCACGAAUGAAUGGGAAGAGUAA